UGAGAUCUCAGCCUGUGAUGGGCUGAGCGAGAAGCCAUCAUCCUCCUCCUCCUCUUCCUCCUCCUCCUCCUCCUCUUCCUCACACUCAGCUGUGGGGCUGACCGAAACAAAGUUACCCAAGUUGCCUCUCUCUCGUUUUGCUCAUUUGGACAUUUGCACAUUUCUGCGGCCUUGACUCCGUCGACCACCGCACAUACGCACACGCACGCGCACAGUCCGCUGCCCCUCCGGUCAGCUGCAGCAUGCGGGGCUGACCGGACGUCUGAGGAGGGGUGGGGGGUGGAGAUGGCAUCGGCCGUGUUCGCCGGGACGUCGCUGGUCAACAUGUUCGUCCGGGACUGCUGGGUCAACGGGGUCCGGAGGCUCAUCAUCAGCCAGCGCGGGGAGGAAGAGGAGUUCUUCGAGAUCCGGACCGAGUGGUCCGACAGGAACGUUUUAUACUUGCACCGGAGUUAUUCCGACCUGGGCCGGCUCUUUAAAAGACUGCUGGAGUCCUUUCCCGAGGAUAGGAGAGACCUCUCCAAAUCUCCAGCGAUACAAGGGCUGGUAAAGAUCAGAAAUUUGCAUGAUAUCGAGGAGAAGUUGAAUGAGGUUGAGAGACUAUUGAAGAAUGCCAUCAACAUGCCGUGCAAAUAUUCCAGGUCAGAGGUCAUGUUGACUUUCUUUGAGCGCUCACCACUGGACCAGGUGUUGAGGAAUGACAAAGUCCACAGAAUCCAGCCGUGCUUUCAGAGUCCAAUCAAGAUAUCAGAAAUCAUGCGGUCAAAUGGAUUCUGUCUGGCCAAUACAGAAACCAUAGUAUUUGAUGACAAUAUCCUUGAUGAAAAAGAAAGACCUUCCUCCACAGACUCUGUAGAUCAAGUAUAUGAAGAUGGAACAGAGUUUUUACCAAUGGAGGCGGAUGUGUGUGAUGAGGAAACGGAGGCGUAUGUCACCAACCUGUCCUACUACCAUCUGGUCCCGUUUGAGACCGACAUCCUGGAAUGAAGACUUGUGGAUGGAAAUGUUUUGGGUGUAGACAAACUAUGCAAAGCUGCGUCUAGUGGCUCCCUUUGAAUGCUGCUGCUGCUUUUUCUAGCAGUUUCUAGACUAACUCAAAUCUCCUACAGUAUGCACCAAAAAACUAAAAAAAAUGCAACGGCAGCAUCACUUCAUCCACUUUAUGUGACAUCACCAAUGUGCCUCAUCCGGAGCCUUACCUGUGCUUAUCAUUUUAUGCCAUGUCAAAGGCUUCAGAAGGAUGUAGUAGGCCAAGAAAGGAGGUCCACCAUUUUCCAGCAUGCUACCAGAACUGAAAUAUCAGUUUUUGGGGUUUGGACUGUGGGUGCAACUAAGCUAUGUACUACAUAUAUUUGAAUUGUGGAAGCAAAUUUCCCUCAUUGGAGUUUUUUUUGUGUAAUGGACCAGCACUCUCUUUUAUUUGACGGUGUCUCUUUACUCUGUCCUGUUUAUUCUCUCAUUGACUGCUCCUUGAUGCAGUUGGCCUGGUUCCCUGAAGAGAUUUGUGAUGGAUCUGCAGAGCCUGUUGACUUCUUGUUUGAACUGCUCCAUAAAGCGUUACUCCCAGUGUUACCUCUCUGGAGUGGGAGGAGAAAAAAAGAAAAAAAAGAAGCCGUCUUGAAGCAUUGUGUGCCAUUCUUGUUUAUGGCGCCCUUUUCCACCAGCAUUCAGAAUCAGACUGUGCACAGUGGGU